AGGCUGUCCAGAGGCUCGGCAGCUCCGCUCUGCCGUCCUGCGUCUCUGUCUCCCCCUCCUGUCCUCAACACCAGCCUGCGUUUCUUCCCUCUAUUAUUUUCCACUCAGUUUCUCGCAGUUUAAAAUGGCGGCGUUGAGCAGCGCCGAGUCCCCACCGCCCGUCUUCAACGGAGACACCACGGAGCGGGAGCCGGGCAGGGAGCGGGGCCUGGACGAGCUAGGCGCCGGGCUGCACUCCUCCUGCUCGGCGGGGAUCCCGGGAGGUCCGCAGGACGAGGAGAUCUGGAAUAUCAAGCAGAUGAUUAAGUUGACGCAAGAACACUUAGAGGCCCUCCUGGACAAGUUUGGAGGGGAACAUAAUCCUCCUUCCAUAUAUCUGGAGGCUUAUGAGGAAUACACCAGUAAGCUGGAUGCCCUUCAGCAGAGGGAGCAGCAGCUGCUGGAGGCCAUGGGCAAUGGUACAGACUUCUCCUGCUCCUCACCAACACCGGCCCUUGUGGAAGUGAAGAUGGGAGGUUGCGGGGUUGGUGGAGGAGCUCAGGCCUUCCCCUCAGCCCCUAACACCUUGGCUGUCCUACAGACACCAACUGAUGCUGGCCGAGCCAACCCUCGCUCGCCCCAGAAGCCCAUUGUCAGGGUCUUCCUGCCCAACAAACAGCGAACAGUGGUCCCUGCCCGCUGUGGGAUGACGGUAAGGGACUCGCUGAAGAAAGCUCUGAUGAUGCGAGGUCUCAUCCCAGAAUGCUGUGCAGUCUACAGGAUACAGGAUGGAGAGAAGAAGCCCAUUGGUUGGGACACAGACAUCUCCUGGCUGACAGGAGAGGAGUUACAUGUUGAAGUGUUGGAGAAUGUACCGCUGACAACACAUAAUUUUGUGAGGAAGACCUUCUUCACGCUGGCCUUCUGUGACUUCUGCAGGAAGCUGCUGUUCCAGGGUUUCCGCUGUCAGACCUGCGGCUAUAAGUUCCACCAGCGCUGCAGCACCGAGGUUCCUCUCAUGUGUGUCAACUACGACCAGUUAGACUUGUUGCUCGUGUCCAAGUUCUUCGAGCAUCACCCGCUCACCCAGGAGGAAGUUUCCUCGGAGGGAACCACUCCGGUGUCUGAGGCCUGCCCAUCACUCCCUCCGUCCGACUCCACUGGGUCGCUGUGCCACGCCACUGUGUCCCCGUCCAAGUCCAUUCCCAUCCCACAGAGUUUCCGGCCCAGCGAGGAGGACCACCGCAACCAGUUUGGCCAGCGGGACCGUUCGUCCUCUGCCCCCAAUGUCCAUAUCAACACCAUUGAGCCUGUCAACAUCGAUGACCUGAUUCGAGAUCAAGGUUUACAGAGGUCAGAUGGAGCCCCCCCGACCCACCCCGCCCGCUGCUUGAGGAAGCACCGAACACGGACCUCAAGCCCCCUCCUAUACUCCUACCCCAAUGACAUAGUGUUUGAUUUUGAGCCUGAGCCUGUUUUCCGAGGCUCUACAACAGGGCUGUCGGCCACGCCCCCUGCCUCUUUACCUGGUUCACUGACCAAUGUAAAGGUUCCGCAGAAGUCGCCAUGCCCACAGAGGGAGCGCAAGUCGUCGUCCUCAUCUGAGGAUCGCAAUAAGAUGAAAACCCUGGGGAGAAGGGAUUCCAGUGACGACUGGGAAAUCCCAGAGGGGCAGAUCACUCUGGGCCAGAGGAUAGGCUCUGGAUCCUUUGGAACUGUUUUCAAGGGAAAGUGGCAUGGUGAUGUGGCAGUUAAGAUGUUGAACGUCACCGCUCCUACGCCUCAACAACUUCAAGCCUUUAAGAAUGAAGUGGGAGUCCUCAGGAAAACACGUCAUGUGAACAUCCUGCUGUUCAUGGGUUACACCACCAAGCCUCAGCUGGCCAUAGUGACACAGUGGUGUGAAGGCUCCAGUCUCUACCACCAUCUGCACAUCAUCGAAACCAAGUUUGAGAUGAUCAAGCUCAUUGACAUCGCCCGGCAGACCGCCCAGGGCAUGGAUUACCUGCACGCAAAAUCCAUCAUCCAUAGAGAUCUGAAAAGCAACAAUAUUUUCCUCCAUGAGGAUCUGACAGUGAAGAUCGGUGACUUUGGCCUGGCCACAGUCAAAUCCCGUUGGAGUGGGUCCCACCAGUUUGAACAGCUGUCUGGUUCUAUACUUUGGAUGGCACCAGAGGUGAUCCGGCUGCAGGAUAAGAAUCCCUACAGCUUCCAGUCGGAUGUGUACGCGUUUGGCAUUGUGCUGUACGAACUCAUGUCUGGAGCUCUGCCCUACUCCAACAUUAACAACAGAGAUCAGAUCAUAUUCAUGGUGGGUCGAGGUUACUUGUCUCCUGAUCUGAGCAAGGUGCGCAGCAACUGUCCAAAGGCCAUGAAGAGGCUGAUGGCCGACUGCCUGAAGAAGAAGAGAGAGGAGCGGCCCCUCUUCCCUCAGAUCUUGGCAUCCAUUGAGCUGCUGGCUCGCUCGUUACCCAAAAUCCACCGCAGCGCCUCGGAGCCUUCAUUGAACCGGGCCGGUUUCCAGACGGAGGAUUUCAGCCUCUACGCCUGCGCCUCACCCAAAACCCCCAUCCAGGCCGGCGGCUAUGGGGAGUUUUCGGCAUUUAAAUAAAUGCUGCAGAUUCCACCAGUCCAUUCCUCAUCACUUCUCAAAAAGUCUUGUGUUCCUGCGGUGGAUUCAUUCAUUACUGAAAAAAAAAUCUAGUCUCAAAGAAUGUGCUAUUUUCUUUCUCUCUCAACCUGAAGAAGAUAGCCUCAGUGGAGUCCUUUUGACAAAGCUGUCCGGUAGGGCGAACAGCCACGGCAACAAACUAAAUUGAAUUUAUAAAAAAGCAGAAAAAAAAGAGAGAGAAACUUGAAUGACACAAAAGAAUAAACAAAACAACAAAGACAUAAAGAUAUUCAAACCAAACCAACUUUGAGGAGGAGACAGCGAGCUCUGUGGAUCGACCGAGCGGCAUGUCCCGCCUGCCGGAGGGAUGGAGGAAGGGAACGGAACAGGAAAGCAGACGGAGGCGGGACGGAGGCAGAAGCGGAGGCUUUCGGGCAGCUCUCGCCUCCCUGUUUGCUCUCUGGCGAGGAGGGACGCCGUUUGGUCGGCCGGCCCACAGGAACUGCACUUUGACCAAUGGCAAAAGCGGCUGUGGAAGACACGGCCUCCCUCCCUUACCUGCUCAUUGGUUGCCGAAGACGGAAGGCCAGGCGCAAGCCGGAUCCCGACAUGAGCUGGAGGUCACGGGUUCACCCCGAAGGAAGAUGACUUGAAAGAUAGAUUUUUUUUUUUUCCACUUCUUUUUUCUCAUAUUUCCAAUUUUAGCUGGCGGGGAGAACACUGAUGUUCAGAGCUUUUUUUUUUUUUUUUUUUUGUAGUUGUUUUGUUUGUUUUCGUCCUUUGUUUCCUUUUAAAAGAUGGUAGCUACUUUGCGAUCAUUCGAGGAUAAAAAAUGAUUCCUCUGUGAACUGCAAGCUACAUCAGAAAUUCCACUUGCCUCAUGCAGCACAGCGGUGAACAUUAUGGAGGUUUUGCCCUUUGCUCUUUCCAUUUGAACGGACGAGCUCCCAUGCUGACCAAACUCCACCGUACUGUAUCUUGCCUUCUCAUUUGCCUCAGCCAAAAUCGACACCUGUGAUGAAACGACGAGCGUUCCGCGUCCAACUGAGAUUUUGCCUGAAUGAUGCUCUGACCUGUUUUUCUUUCUUUCCUUCCUUUUUUUUCUUUACGAGCAUUUGAAAGAAAGAGAUGCCGUUCUUUCCUUAGAUUUCAAACCGAAAAGUCUGGAUCAGGCCUUUCCUGCAAAGCAGACACAGGUCGUGUGACUUGGGGAGGGAACAUGCAAGCUGCAGAGGACGGAUUCCUUAUUCCAUUUGGAGUCCUGGUCGGAGCAAAGCUGCUGCCCAGGGUUUAGAUUGCAUCGCCGUAAGUAGUGUGUACUUGUGGCUUCUCUAAGCUUGGCUGAGUUUUUACACAGUAUCUUUAAUAAUAUCACUGUAACAAAGCUUUUCCUUUGCUUUUCCUAUUGUUUUUUUUUUUCUUUUUUUUUGUCUCAAUGACAUUGUCUCAUUUCUCAUUUUUCCUCCCUUGUUGUGGCUUUCAUAUUGCACUCAGCUUAAAAAGGAGAAAUCGAUGGUUGCUAACUAAAAAGCUGCAACUUAACCUGCUGAAGAGACUGGUGAUCCACUUAGAGAAUUAUGUUCGUCUUGAAGGUUGGAAAUGUUCCUUCCAUUACACUUUUAAGUUUCUAUACACACAUGCACCUGUACUUUUUCAUUCCAGUGUGUGCUCAAAUGUUUUACAGAUUAUUUUUAUUUUGUUUGAUGUUGUUGUUUGCCUUUUUUUCUGUACAGGCAGGCCUGCAGAUAUUGACUUAUUUAUGUGAAUUUUUGGUUUAUAGAUUUUUUUUUGUUUUCAUCAGCGCUUUAUUUUAAGCUACCAGUCUUUCUUUGGACGCUUGUUUGGUCUUUGUGACUCGUGUACUUGCACUUUGUAGAGAUGGAUCGAAGCAAAUGCGCGACUUGCCUUUUUUUUUUUUUUUUAAUUGAAGAAUAAAUUGUGACACAACAUUAUACUGAGUCGAUGAUCCAAAUUUCAAUUUCCAAUGCACGAUUCAUCUGCAGGAGCUGAACUGUGAAUAUUCUGCUGGCCAAAGUGUCAGCAAAGUAAGAUCUAUGUAAGGUGUUAAGGAUUCAGCCUUCUUUCAUAAUGCCUCCAGCAGCCCAGGCUUAUCUUAAUACAUCCAAAAUGAUAUUGUAUGAAGGGAAAGACUGAGACUGAUGUGCUGUUAUCUUGAUAAAUUGACUUUGUGGUCAAGUCCAGGGGACUGGAGAGGAAGCACACAGGUGAGGAGGCCAUCUAACCGCUGGCAUAACACUUCCUCAGACUCAUCAAGGGUCAUUUGUUUGUGUCACAAACAAACCCCGUCCCCCUUCCACAACCGCGUUUUACACAUUUUAUAUACCGUCUCCAUUCCCAUUCUGAUACAUUUGAGCUCAUCUGCCAGUUCUUCUACCUAAGCCCCACAUAGUGCUACAGAUUAAGGUUUAGACUGAUGUAUUGGGGUUGAUUUUGGUAUUUUAUUCAAUGUCAGGUAGCAGUCAGACAGGGUCCUCCACUUGGAUGGAGGUUCUUCCCUGACCACAGCUGCAGGAAAACAACUUGAUGUGACAUUUUAUUUUCUCUUAAAGGGGCAGUGCACCCAUUUUGGAAAAAAAAUGAUAUUAUUUGAUAUUAUUUCACACUCACCCUAGCUGUUGUGCGGUCUUAUCUUCCUCUCAUUGUUACUGAGUGCUGGAUACUGGCUGGAUGCUCCAAAUAACUGUUAGCCUCCGGCGAUUGACGUGGACUUCCCCCCAGCUAACAUUCUGAAAAAUAAACGCUUUAAUCCAGUCAAGGAAGGUUUAACAUCAUUCUACAUGUGUUGUUUUCAGAAAGUAACAUGUACAUACAAUGAUUGAGCAUAUAUGACAGCUUUGCCCAAACUACUGUUUAUAACUGUAUUUUUCCUGUUACCCGACAUCCAGAAAGAUCUGGUAACUUCUGCAUUUUAUGUAUCACUCUGCACCUUCACCCCGGUGAUAGACAUAGAUUGGGUUUACUAUAUAUCUAUAUUUUUUUUCUCUGUAGUAGCUAGGUUGUGGCUAGCUUCUUAUUUUCUUCUGUUAGCCACGGGUCUAACUGAGGCCCAGCACAGAGAGCUUAGACCACACAAUUUUACAGUUUACUACAUAAUUUUAGAGUUUAUCUUUUAUUUUGACAGUCAGUUUUUGCGAAAACAUUUCAGGCUUUGAAAAUCCUGCUACAUAUCAACCUCCAACUGUAUUUAUUUAAUUAAUACAUUUAAUUUAAUUUGAUGAUUAGCAUUUUGAGUAUCCAGCACUCUGUAUCAGUGAGAGGAAGGAAGUAAUACUGUCCUAUGCAGCAGCUGGAGCGGAAGUGAAACACAUUUUUCAAAAUGGAUGAACUAUCCCUUUAAGGAGCUGCUAACCACCUAAAAGGAUUUAAUGGAAACUUUCAUAUUGCUUGAUGAUGUAAUUGUUAUUUAGACUCUGCCAAAAAAAAAAAAAAAAAAAGCGGGAAAACACUGAAUCCUUUAUGAUGGAGCUUCUGGGCAUGGACAUUGUCAAUUUUAAGAUAUUAAUGAAUAUCAGCACAAAGUAUCUAUCCGCUAUCAGCAGCUUUGGUACAAAAAUAUCAGUAUUGGCCUUCAAAAACCCGGAUCAGUUGAAGCCUGAUGCAGAUCCCCGUGGCGGUGCUCUGCUGCGGGCCUACUGGGGUAUGGUGUUGCACAUUUUCAGAUUAGUCUGUCAGUUCACUGUUCAGAUGAUGGGACCUGAGGAAUUAAACAGUAAUGUCUUUCAGAGUGCUGUAUUUAUUUUACUUAGAGAUCUUUAUUUUCUAUGAGAAUGCUGUUACAGAGGUACAUCCUCUAUCUUCUAAAAGCAUUACUCCAUUGAAGCUACAGGAGCCAACGACCUACAUCCCAGAGGGUUUCCUCUCCACCACCCACCUCUUGCCAGGCCGCCUCUGGCCUGCUUCUUGUAAAACUUUGUGUUAAACCUUUUUUCUUUUCAUCCCCUAGCAAUUCCCACCCCCACCCCCUCCCCUUUCUUCCUUGCCUGCACCUUAAACCCAACAAUCCCUUUCAACUGAGAACUAUCAUUAAAAACUUUUGGGAGAAUUUUGUUUUUGUUUUUUUCACCUGUAAAUAGCUGUACAAAGGAAAUACUGUCAGUUUGCUAGGAGGCAUGGAGACUACACAAAACGAGAUACAAAAUGUUAAUGAAAUGAAGAGACAAAGAUAAAGACAUUUUGAUAGGUGGACUUCUGAGAAAAAAAUGUUUGUGUAAAAAUAUUUAAGGCUGUAUCAUAAGGAGAAAGAGCUUAAUGUAUUUGUUGUGAAUAUGAAAAACUGAUAUAUUAAAGAAGUGCAUGAAAACGAA